AUAAAGAGGUUUCCGCGUUCUUUCGGGAAGUUGAUCUUUGGCCAGUGCGGAAGGGAAGUUUAACUAGUCUACGUUCCCGUGAAGACUAAGGUGCUUCCAGGCACACGUCGUUUUAUCAGAUAGAUUGUCUUUACUUUGCAUAGAUCCACAGAGGCUUCGCGAUUCAUUUAUCAUUAUGUCAUCAUUGCUUUAACGCAUCCGCACCUGGCGUCGAUUAUUGCGCGCUCUCUUCUCUCGACUUGUAUAGGCUACUCUGAAAAUGAGUGAUCAGAGAACAAACUGUUUAAAAACAGCACUUCAGUUGACUUCUCAACUAAUGUUGGCAGUGGGGAUACUGGUGUGCCUGAAUGGAGUUUACCUGCUGAUGAAGUAUGGAGAGAAUAGCCGCUUUUUUUCAGAGUCCUACAUGACCCUGACCGCUUUGGUCACAGUCACUAGUGCUGCGUUGCUAUUGGUCACCGGAUGCCUUGGCUCCUGGGUGAGCCUCAAGGAUUCCAUCUGUCUACAGGGACUGUUUGUUUACCUCCUAGUUGUGGUCUUUUGUGUGAAAAGUACGGCUUCAGCACUGGCUUAUUUCCAUUCAGUGACGCUUGAUACAGAGAUGGCUCCCUUCAGUGGAGUGUUUGAGAAUUACACCGGCAGCAGCGAGGACUCCAAUUCUCGGUCUGUGGAUGCUUUGCAAGAGGAGCUCAAAUGUUGUGGUGUGAAGAACUACACGGACUGGCUGGAAACCACCUGGUUUAAUAAAAGUGGAGGGCUCAGGUUUCCUCACAGUUGCUGCAACGUUACUUUCCCCACUUGUAAUGGCACUGUUCACCAGCCAUGGCAAAUUUACACACAGGGCUGCCAAGAGGAGCUGUGGAAGAUCAUACAGUUUGCGCUGAAAAUGGUCAUCUGGAGCUCCCUAUUGGUUUAUGUGGUGGAGAUUGGGUUGUUUGUGACGGUGACACAGCUCAUGAGAACAAAUAGAUUUAUGAGGUACCAAGUACUGGAAAAAAACUAAAGAUGCUCUAAUGGAUGGAAGAUCACUACACUUUGAAUAUAUAUUGUUCAAAUCUCAAAACUAUUGAGUCACACUAUGAAACAUGUAAAACUGGAGAAAGUCGUUUUGUGUAAUACAUGUACAGAUGUCUUUUGUUAUCACUGGAUUGUCUAUCACCAAAAGACUGACAGUUUUUUGCAAUAAACAUUAGAAUCAGAAUACUUUAAUAAUCCCUAAAGAACUUAUGUAAUUAUGUAAACAUAUUGCAGAACUAGCCAGUGUGGACUUCUGGCCUGAAAAAAUGUAGGCAAAGAUGGGGCAAAGGGCUUAGAGAUGUAUCCUAACUUAGGUUUGAUGAAUAUGAGUUACUGUCACAGACUUUUUUGGCCUACAGAGGGCUGGCACAUUUGCUCUCUCAAGCAAUUUUUGCUUUGAAUGUGUGUGGUUGAUUUGUGUUAUGUUUGUAUCUUGAUUGUCAGUGGAUUACUGUAUGUGGAGAAUUCCGUCACUGCCUGUGUAAUAAUGUUUUGUUAUUAGACUGAAAGUGGUGCAUACAGAAUUACUUUAUAAAAGAAAUAUUAAUGAAGUGAAAAUUAA